UUUGUAAAAAAGGCUUAAUUUUUUUAAACUGUUUAAACACUUAUUUUCCGUUAGGAGCAUAUAGUGCUUGUUCAUCACACGGAACGGAAGUCCAGUUUUAUGAGGUUGGUCGAACUCUUUGAUGGGGCGCACCCUGUUGCUAGCUACGUAGCAAUAGCAUUAAGUGCAUUAGCGACGCUGCACAGUUACACUGAGGAGAUGCUGAAGGAUUUAUGAGCAGGGCACAGCCGGUUCUGCUGUUACCCCCCAACGUCAGUUAAUACCGAGAACACGUACAAGUAACGAACGGGACGGUUUUCAUCGCGUUACUUUAGCACACACACAGUGUAAGCUAGUUUAAUAGCUUCCUGUUGAGCUAGCUGUAAGAUUAGUGGUCGAGUUUGAAGUGGCGUUGAUGUGACAAACGAUCAUGUUUCGUGGCGUGACUCACCACUCAGAAUCCAGACGGUGUUCAACUUGACGCGGCCGUGUCAUCCUAGACUAAAACGCUCUAAUCUCACCCACGGAAACCGCAGACUAUUGUGAUGUCGGAGCCCAAGCCUCCUACUCCAACCCCUGGAGACACAUACAAGGGUUGGCUUUUCAAAUGGACUAAUUACAUAAAAGGUUACCAGAGACGCUGGUUUGUUCUCAGCAAUGGGUUGCUGUCGUACUACAGGACACAGGCGGAGAUGGGUCACACAUGCCGGGGCACCAUUAACCUGGCCACGGCCAACAUUGCAGUGGAAGACUCUUGCAAUUUUGUUAUUUCCAAUGGAGGGGCUCAGAUCUAUCACCUAAAGGCCAGCUCAGAAGUGGAGCGGCAGAGGUGGAUCACUGCCUUGGAGCUUGCUAAAGCAAACGCCGCCAAUAUGCAAGAUGAAUCAGAUGAUUCUGGGGAUGAUUGUUCUACACUUGCUCCUGUCCCAGGACAAGGCGGCGGCUGCCGGAACUCAGAAUUGCAAUCCACAUUACGCACCUUAAACAGCAAGGUGGAGGAUCUCUCCACCUGCAAUGAUCUAAUUGUCAAGCAUGGUUCUGCCCUCCAAAGGUCUUUGUCAGAGCUGCAGGGAUUGCGUGUUGGGGCCGACAUGGGGGAAAAGAUCAGGCAAGUCACAGAGAGGGCCACGCUGUUCCGGAUCACCUCCAACGCCAUGAUCAACGCAUGCAGGGACUUCCUCUCACUGGCUCAGAGCCAUAGCAAGCGCUGGCAGAAGUCCUUACUGUCUGAAAGAGACCAGAGGAUCCGUCUGGAGGAGACUCUGGAGCAGUUAGCUAAGCAACACAACCACCUUGAGCGAGCUUUUAGAGGAGCUACAGUCCUCCAGCCAUCGUUCAGUAAUCCCAGUUUAAGCAGCAAAGACGGUCCUUCAGGAAAAGGAGAUGCAAGUGAUGAGGAUGAUGAUAAUGAGUUCUUUGAUGCCAUGGAAGACCCGGCCGAAUUUAUUACUGUUCCUGCUGACCCAAAAUAUCACAGGCGAUCUGGCAGCAACAUCAGUGGCUUCAGCACCGAAACUGGAAUGGAUGAUCAGUCGUAUGAUGAAGUGUCUUUGGCCUCCAGUGCCGAGUCCUCUCAGCCACUUGAGCUCGAACCAAUCAGACGAAGACGAACACGCAUCCCUGACAAACCCAACUAUUACCUCAAUUUGUGGAGCAUCAUGAAGAACUGUAUCGGAAAAGAGCUUUCAAAGAUACCCAUGCCUGUGAAUUUUAACGAGCCCCUGUCGAUGCUGCAGCGUCUGUCUGAAGAUCUGGAGUAUUACGAGCUCCUGGACAAAGCUGCUAAAUGUCAUAACUCUUUAGAGCAGAUGUGUUACGUAGCAGCGUUCACCGUCUCUUCCUACUCCACCACCGUCCACCGCACCGGAAAGCCUUUCAAUCCUCUGCUCGGAGAAACCUUUGAGCUUGACCGAUUAAGGGAAUGUGGUUACCGCUCGCUUUGCGAACAGGUCAGCCACCACCCGCCUGCUGCAGCGCACCAUGCCUUCUCUGAAAAGGGCUGGACGCUCAGACAGGAGAUUACAUUGGCCAGCAAGUUUAGGGGAAAAUAUCUCUCCAUCAUGCCUCUGGGCUCCAUCCAGUGUUUGUUUGAUAAAAGCAACAACCACUAUUCUUGGAAAAAAGUUACUACAACGGUACACAACAUAAUUGUUGGGAAAUUAUGGAUUGAUCAGUCAGGGGAGAUAGAUGUGGUCAACCACAAGACAGGCGAUCGCUGUCACCUGAAGUUUUCGCCGUACAGUUACUUUUCCAGAGAUGUUCCAAGAAAGGUGACAGGAGUAGUGACAGAUAAGGAUGGAAAGGCUCAUUAUGUGCUGUCUGGAACAUGGGAUGAAAAGAUGGAGUUUUCCAGGAUAAUGCAGAGCAGUAAGGGCGAGAACGGCACUGAGGGCAAACAGAGAACAGUCUAUCAGACACUGAAAGCUAAAGAAAUCUGGAAGAAGAACCCUUUACCUGAAGGAGCAGAGAAUAUGUACUACUUCUCCUCCCUCGCCCUUACACUGAACGAACCCGAAGAGGGAGUGGCGCCCACAGACAGCCGUCGACGCCCCGAUCAGAGGCUGAUGGAGGAAGGCCACUGGGAUGAAGCCAACGCAGAAAAACAGAGGCUCGAAGAAAAGCAGCGCUUUGCCCGUCGGGAGAGGGAAAGGGAAUCGGUUAAAGCCGUCACCUUAGCCGAGGAAGUUGUCUCUGUGGAUUCAUUCAAUGACUCGGCUCUGAAAACCGAUGCACAAGAGUCCGCAGCAGCAGAAAGUGACAUUUCAAGUGAAAGCACCCAUCAGGACAACUACCAACCGCUGUGGUUCAAGAAAAUUGAAGAGGUUGCAUCUGGAGAGACGUUGCACGUCUACAAGGGGGGAUACUGGGAGGCAAAGGAGCAAGGAGUGUGGGACAUGUGUCCAGAAAUCUUCUGAACACAACCGUAGCGAUGUCCAAUAAAGCAAGGCUCGGAGACUUUUGAUGUCAAACUAGCCUGAAUGUCUGUGGUUUCAUCCUAUUAGCCCCUCCCCCAGGAUUAUGCUUGUCUUUACUCAAGGUAGAUGCUCAUGUGGCUUUGUUGUCACAAGUACAGCUGGUUGGCUUUCACUGCCCCAAAAGUACACCUAUGCGCUCCCUACCAGAACGGAGUUUUGUGAGAAGUCCUCCUACAUUUUUCAUACAAAUGCAUUCUGUUGUCUGACAGUAUGCAUGUUUUUUUUCAGUUUGUUCUCUUCUUUUAGCACAAAAACAGAAGUUUAUUGUUGAACUGCCGUGUAAAAAUACUGUUUCCUACAUCAUUAAUUCUGUAGAAAGAAGAUACACAAGCCUUAGGUUUCUUUUUGUUCUUUGUGUGUAUACAUUUGCAAUCAUGUUGUUUAUUCUUUCUGUGGAUAAUUUUUUUUCUUCUUGCCUGAACUCUUUCUUUUAUAGAAAUUCCUACUUUUGUCAGCAUAAUUUAAGUAUUUCAUUCUUCAAAGAAUCCUGAUUGGUCCUUUUUUUAAUUCUGUUCAUAAUUUAAUAAAAUUCUUAUUAUUUUUAAAUAUAAAGCUUUUCAAAACCCGUGUUUAAAGAAUAAUGAAAAUGUCCCAGCCACAAAGGUCUGCAAAGCACUUCUAAACGUGUUGUUUCUAUGUGUUCCUCUUUAAAUCUCCUUAGACUGAAACUGUUUCUGUUUUUGUCACUGCGCAUGAAGGCCUUCCUACAGUCAACUGUUAUAUAGUGUUUGUAUCAGAAUUUAUUGUACACCUUGAGGGGGGGUAUGCUUGCUGAUAAACUCUGAUGCAAAUUGAUGGAAAAACAACUGUUAAAAAAAAGUGAUUAAAUAACUGAGUUCCACUUAUACCUGUAAACCAGCUUGGUGAUUUCCUUUGAGGUUAUUGAUAUUAAACCUGUUGAGUGAUUCUUCUUCUGUAAUGUGCUGCAUUUGUAGAUUUUAACUAAGAUGUGCCUCAAUUUAUAGCUGUGAUACAAAGUGGAUUAAAUGAGAUAAGGUAGCACUAAAGCAGUAAAAACUACAUUUUGUUUGGCAAUAUGUCAGGAAUUUAAAGCAGACAAAAACGUUUUUGUCCUAAAUGCAAGUGCACUUGUACAAAUAAGUCACUAAAAAUUAUAAGAAAUAAGCAAAUUCUUAAUAAAAUGGUGAAAAGAUGGUCUAGAAAUCAAUCUAGAACACCAAAACAGUUGCAUUUGAGUUCCCUCGUUUAAUGUAACCUUUGCUUUUGUGUGCAGCAAAAAGUUUUUCAUUUUAAACGGUAUUUAAUUUAUUCCCAAGAGUUAGAAUUGACAUUUUUAAUCUAACAUUUACAGAUUUUCACCGUGCUAUACGGAUGUUGUGUACUUUAAGAUGUUGUAAAUGUUGUUUUUGUCAUAGCUCCUGGUUUUACGUUUGCGAUCCCAAAAAUGAAUGUUUUCCUUUUUUUGUGGGUAGUUAAUUCAUUUUCACAUAUUAUGGACUUGCAGAGAUGUCACCUUGAAUUAUGCAGUAACUUUCUGUUCAAAGUUAGAGCAAUAAAAGUGAUCAACCUUUUAAUUUUAGGAACUGAAAUAGUGGUAUCUUUAGGAGAGUUGACUAUCGUUUCAAGCAUUCACUUUUUUUUCUUGUUUCUUUCAGGUUGGGUUGUCUCAAGCCUGUUUGUGGUGUUCAUUUUCCCAACAAACUAUCCAAUUACAAUUUAAAAUGGUUUAUUAAUUUUUAAAGGGAGGCCUUGCCUUUGUAAUUUAAUCAGUACAGACUGUUGGAGGAGAAAGAUCACCUUGUGUGUUGUGUUUGUGUGUGGUAGCAGUAGUUGAGGGUUAAAGUAUUAUUUGGUUUUGUUGAUAAUGCCCUUGUAUUUACUGUGUAAAUAAAACUACAGUUAUUUACAAAACUA